AUGAUAUGGUUGCACUGUUUCCCGACAUCAUCGGCUGCAUGCAUAUCCAGAGUUUGGAAAUCAAGAAGAUGUAUGGCGAAGCACUCGCGCGUGGAUAGGACUGCCAUUGACGAUCUGUCUAGGUGCUUUUUGUUCCUUGUCAACUACGCCAGAAUGCGACCUGAAAUAGCAGUCCAGGCGAUCCCAGUGUUGGAACAGGACAUGGAAGACCACAACCCCCUUGUCAGAGCGCUUGCCCUGCGAACCAUGUCUUAUAUCCACGUCCGCGAGUUCGUCGAAGCGACCGUUCCUCUGGUCAAGCACAUGUUGAAAGAUGCAGACCCAUACGUCAGGAAGACGGCGGCUUUUUGCGUUGCGAAGCUCUAUGACCAUGACCGGCGCAUGGUUGAGGGGUCCGAUCUGAUUGACAGGCUAAACACGCUGCUCAGGGACGACAACCCUACCGUAGUUGCCAGUGCUCUGGCGGGUCUGAUGGAUAUUUGGGAACGAAGCGAUGCCAUCAAGCUCACCAUCGACUACAGCAAUGCCUCCAAGAUGGUCGCUAUUCUGCCUGACUGCUCUGAAUGGGGUCAGACGUACAUCCUCGAGGCGCUCAUGUCAUACGUACCUCAGGAGGGGGGAGAGGCCCUGCUUCUCGCUGAGCGCAUAUCGCCGCGCCUGUCGCAUUCAAACUCGGCGGUCGUGCUUACUUGCAUCCGAGUUAUUUUGUAUCUGAUGAAUUACAUCGCAGACCAGAGACAGAUCGCAGCACUCUGCAAAAAGCUGUCGCCGCCCUUGGUCACUCUUCUCGCAAAGGGACCCGAAGUGCAGUAUCUCGCUUUGAGAAACGCCCUGUUGAUCCUGCAGCGCCGACCGGAAGUACUGCGCAACGACAUCCGCGUCUUCUUCUGCAAGUACAACGAUCCCAUCUAUGUCAAAGUCACCAAGCUGGAGCUCAUUUUCAUGCUGGCGAACGAGAACAACAUCGACGAGGUCUUGAUCGAACUUAGAGAGUACGCGACCGAGAUCGAUGUGCACUUUGUGCGGAAAGCUGUGCGAGCGAUAGGCAAGCUCGCCAUCAAGAUCGAACCGGCAGCGCGGCAGUGUAUCAACCUGCUUCUCGAGCUAGUUGCGACCAAGGUCACGUAUAUUGUGCAGGAGGCCACGGUUGUGAUCAGGAACAUUUUCCGGAAGUACCCCAACCAGUAUGAGUCCAUCAUCGGCACUCUUUGCGAGCACCUUGACUCUUUGGACGAGCCAGAGGCGAAGGCCGCCAUGGUGUGGGUCAUUGGCCAAUAUGCCGACAGAAUAGAGAACAGCGAAGCGCUCCUCGAGGACUUUUUGUACUCCUUUGCGGAGGAGCCGGUAGAGGUUCAGCUGGCGCUGCUUACUGCGACGGUCAAGUUGUUCAUCCAGAGACCGACCAAGGGUCAAGAGCUGGUGCCGAGAGUGCUCAAGUGGGCUACGGAAGAGACGGACAACCCCGAUCUCCGAGACCGCGCGUACAUGUACUGGCGGUUGCUGUCUACGGACAUGAAUGCGGCCAAGAAGGUCGUCAUGGGCGAGAAGCCGGCUAUCACGGCCGAGUCUGAGCGUUUGGACCCGGCGACUCUGGAGGAGAUGUGCCUCAACGUCGGAACAUUGGCUACAGUGUACCUCAAGCCGGUACAGACGGUGUUCCGAUCGGCAAGGCCGAGAAAGCUCCUCGACUCGCCGGCGUUGCAGAAGCACCUUCUCCCAACCUCGAUCGAGAACCAGAAGAGUCUCAGCAUGUUGGGCAUGGGCGGACAGGCACAGGACAUGAACUUGCACAACCAGCACAUCAACCCAGCCAACGGCAACCUCGCGCAGGCCGUCAGCGACGCGGACGCCUACUUCUCCAGCAUCGGACCCCAGCAGAUGGCGGCGAUGAGGAUCGACCAGGGAGACUCUUUUGGAGACACAUCGGGCUACGAGACGGGGUACGUUGUCAACCAACAUGCGCCGCAGCAGGUUGUGCAGCCCGCGCAGGGGAACAAUGGGGAUCUGCUUGUGCUGUAA